AUGUAUAUGGAUUCUGUUCGGGAUUUCAAGGAUAAGUGGUAUAUUUUGCAACCGUCUACUCAAACAGCUGUGGAUUCGCUGUUCGAAUCGACUGCCGUGGUGGACAAGAACGGCGAGCUGUGUUUGGAUUCUGAGGGUAAUUCUGAGAUUGGGAAAGUCUCAAAGUUUCCUAUCCACUGGUGUUCGAGCCAUUACGUCCAUGGACCUGGAUACUACCACACUCCCGCUGGCGGUAUGAACGCUGGGGACGAGGAGGUUUAUGGUGUCCUGAAUAAAUUUGUCGACGGUUUCUUCCCCGCUCGGUGGGUUACGAGGGAAGGGAACGACAUUCUUGAUGAGGAUGGCGAGUCGACGUUCGAGGCACGUUCAAUCAACACCAAGGCGCUCGUCGAGUGCUAG